AUGCAGAUUGGGCAGCUAAAAAUUGUGGCCCGCAAGCCGGAUCGAUCUGUUCGCAUCUGCGCGGACUUUUCCACCGGAUUGAACAACGCCCUUGAAUCGAACAGCUACCCAUUACCACUUCCGGAUGACAUCUUCAAUCGCAUGGCGCAAUGCACGGUAUUCAGUCAUAUUGACUUAUCAGAUGCGUAUUUGCAAGUUGAGGUCGAUGAGGAAAGCAAAAAACUGGUUACAAUCAACACCCACAAGGGUCUAUACCGCUUCAACCGUCUGUCUCCCGGUGUGAAGACUGCACCUGGAGCGUUCCAGCAGAUUAUGGAUGCCAUGCUGAGCGGUAUCCCAGGUACAAGCCCAUAUCUCGACGAUAUUUUGAUCGGCGGCCGGAAUGCCGAUGAACACAAGCGGAAUUUGUACCUUGUCCUACAGCGUUUCUUCAUAUUAUUUUCAGAAGAACUGUAUACCUCGGAUAAACACGGUAGCGACGAAUCCGGCGAUGGCACCGCCGAGAAACCCUUCAAAACGAUCCUCCAGGCUAUGCGCCAUGCUGGAAAGGAACCGUUUCCGACCAUCUACGUGGACGCCAAGGGCGAAAAGGCAGAAUCGCCAUUCGAAGUAGCGGCCAAAUCACAGCUGAAGAAGAUCCAAAAGCUGUGGGUCCGGGAGAGCUCCAAGUCUGCCGACAAGCAGAAGCGCGAAGAGCAAGACGCUGUUAAGCGUGAGCAAAAUUUGGAAGAGGCGAAAAAGAUCGCCAUCAAAGAGGAUCCGUCGUUGGAGCCAGCCAAGCUGAUCAAGAUCAUCAAGAGUGGUGAUUAUCGUAACAUUCGUGUUAAGAUCUACGGAUGGGUGCAUCGGCUGAGACGGCAGGGAAAGGGUUUGAUGUUUUUAACGCUCCGUGAUGGGACCGGUUUCUUGCAGUGCGUUCUGAACGAUUUGCUGUGCCAAACCUACAAUGCUUUGGUUUUGUCAACGGAAUCGUCCGUCCAGCUGUUUGGCACACUUAAGGAAGUACCAAAGGGUAAGAGUGCUCCUGGAGGUCACGAGCUGCAUGUCGAUUAUUGGGAACUAAUCGGUCUGGCUCCGGCUGGUGGCGCUGACGCGAUUCUCAACGAGGAAGCUCUUCCGGAUGUGCAGUUGGAUAACCGUCAUAUAAUUAUCCGUGGCGAGAACACUUCCAAAAUUCUUAAAAUGCGAGAUGUGAUUAUGGAAGCUUUCCGUGCUCAUUACCAUGAUCGCGGAUACACGGAGGUAACGCCACCGACUUUGGUUCAAACCCAGGUCGAAGGCGGAUCUACCCUGUUCAAGCUUAAUUAUUUUGGAGAGGAAGCCUUCCUGACUCAGAGCUCGCAGCUGUAUCUGGAAACAUGUCUGCCGUCGCUUGGAGACGUAUAUUGUAUUGCACAAAGCUACCGUGCAGAGCAGAGCCGCACUCGUCGUCAUUUGGCAGAAUACAGCCACGUUGAAGCUGAAUGUCCGUUCAUCUCGUUUGACGAAUUGUUGGACCGCUUGGAAGAUUUAGUGGUCGAUGUCGUAGACCGAGUGCUCAAGUCACCAUGGGGAUACAUGGUCAAAGAACUGAACCCCAAUUUCGUUCCGCCUAAGACCCCGUUUCGGCGUAUGAACUAUUCGGAUGCCAUCACUUGGUUGAAGGAGAACAACGUGACAAAGGAGGAUGGAACGUUUUAUGAAUUUGGUGAAGACAUCCCGGAGGGACCGGAACGGAAAAUGACCGAUACUAUCAAUGAACCAAUAAUGCUGUGUCGUUUCCCUGCUGAAAUUAAAUCGUUCUACAUGGCCAAGUGUCCGGAGGAUAAACGGUUGACCGAGAGUGUCGAUGUCCUGCUACCAAACGUGGGUGAAAUCGUCGGAGGAUCGAUGAGGUCCUGGGAUUACCAAGAAUUAAUGGAUGGUUACAAGCGGGAAGGCAUUGACCCCAAGCCGUACUAUUGGUAUGUUGAUCAGCGUGUCUACGGGUCGCAGCCCCACGGAGGAUAUGGUCUUGGCUUGGAGCGCUUCAUGUGCUGGUUGCUGAACCGAUAUCACAUUCGAGAGGUAUGUCUGUAUCCACGUUUCCUGGAAAGAUGCAAACCCUAAAUAUUUUUGAAACAGUGUACUACCAUUUAAGCAUUUAUUAUCUAUCUUAAGCUAUGAGGUUACCCUUUCGCAUAAGAUUACAGAUAUGACGUGAAAUAAAUCGGCUCUGAGCUUAGCAUUUGCUUUCAA